UUGGAUCACAGGGGUUAAUUCGGUCAGCGCUUGAAUGAAAUGAAGUUGCCAUCUGACUUAUCGCAAACCAAACUUGUUAGGACGAAAAACCUAAUAUUGACUCCAAAGUGCCCUCAUCGCCCGACGGCAUCUAUGCGCAUCCAUUCAAUUUCGUCGGCCAUCAGGGUCCUUGUGAUCUCCAGGAUGAUGAAUACGGAUCCUGCGAUGGCCUUGAUGGUCUGAUGACUUUUGAUAUAAGUCCUUGGCUAGCCCACCAUAUGGAAUCUCUUUCGGACAGCAGUGAUAACACCGCUGCCAGCUCUACGGUUCCUGACAGCGAAGCCGCGGCACAAUACAUUAACAUUGCUUGGGACAGUCCUUGGUAUCGCUUACCUGGGACCGACAGUCCAAUUUCUUCUUCGCCUCUCCCAGAUUCCUACUCUUGCGCAUGUUCGCAAGACGUUCGGCAAGCCAUAGCGCAACAAGAGCUUUUGCUUGACUUUUUCCACGACGAAUUGCGCCGGAUCAUUCCGGGUGCUUAUGAUUAUAACACUGCUUGGUUAGAAGAUGUUGACCCGGACCUGGUUCUUUCACCUGUCCGAAGUUAUGAGGAGCUAUGUUGGCAAUCAGCGAUCUCCGACCGCAAGUCUCGCCCCGAUGUGCCUGUAGGGCUUGGGGAUUAAACUUGUUGGUCAUUUUUAAGAGAUUUGCUGAGCGGGAACAUGGAUGUGGGGUUACUUUUUGGAGUCUGUUUCGUCGUCAUUAUACCACCUCGGAGUGUUAGAAUGUUAUAUAUGUACUACUAUCCAUUAUUCGCGUUUACAAUUCGCCUCCACGUCUCCUCCGAGCUCGUUUGUAUAUUACUACGGGCUGUACUUUCCUUUGACAUACAAGAACGUCCCACACUCUUA